AUGGCAUCUUCCUUUUACCACGUUUUCUUAGUUAUCAGCCUCUGUGCUCCAGUUUAUUGUGUGUCCUCACCCGGUCCCCCCAGCAAAGGAUCCCCGCGCCCGCCCUCCACAAAGAGCAUCCCUGCCUCCCAGGUGUCCUCCAGCAACACCAACUUUGCCUUCCACCUGUACCGGAGGCUGGUUUUGAAGACCCCUAGUCAGAACAUCUUCUUCAGCCCCUUGAGUGUCUCUGCUUCCCUGGCCAUGCUGUCCCUCGGGGCCCGCUCAGCCACCAAGACCCAGAUCCUUCAGAGCAUGGGGUUCAACCUCACACACACGCCGGAGUCCACCAUUCAGCAGGGCUUCCAGCAUCUGGUCCACUCACUCAGCGUCCCCAGCAAAGACCUGGACCUGAGGAUGGGGAGUGUCCUCUUCAUCAAGAAGGAGCUGCAGCUGCAGACAAGUUUCUUGGACAAUGUCAAGAGGCUGUAUGAGUCGGAAGUCUUUUCUACCGAUUUCUCCAACACCUUCUCUGCCCAGAGGAGAAUCAACAGCUACGUGGAGAAGGAGACCAAAGGGAAGAUUGUAGACUUAAUUCAAGACCUUGAACCUCAGACAGCCAUGGUUCUAGUGAACUACAUUUUCUUUAAAGCCAAGUGGGAGAAGCCCUUCAACCCCAAGUACACAAGUAAGAGAUACCCAUUCAUGGUGGGCAAGGCCACUGUGACCAUCCCAAUGAUGCACCAGGUGGAGCAGUUUGCUUUGGGGGUGGAUCCCGAGCUGAACUGCUCUGUGCUGCAGAUGGACUACAGUGGAGACACCGCGGCCCUCUUUGUUCUCCCGGGCCAGGGCAAGAUGAGGCAGCUGGAACAGGCCUUGUCAUCCAGGACACUGAAGAAGUGGAGCCACUCACUCCAGAAGAGGUGGAUAGAAGUGUUCAUUCCAAAGUUUUCCACUUCUACCUCCUAUGACCUAGAAACCAUUCUCCCGAAGAUGGGCAUCCAGGACGCCUUUGGCAAAAAUGCUGACUUUUCUGGGAUCACAAAGAAAGGCUUCCUGCAAGUUUCCAAAGCCGCCCACAAGGCUGUGCUGGAAGUCAGCGAGGAGGGCACCAAGGCCGCAGCAGCCACUGCCACCAACCUCACGAUCCGCUCGAAGGAUGGCUCCUCUCGCUGCAUGGUCUUCAAUCGGUCCUUCCUGCUGCUGAUAAUCCACAAGGCCACACAGACCGUGCUCUUCCUAGGGAAGGUCGAAGACCCCACUAAAUUCUAG